AUGGUUUUGGAAGCUGGUUCAAAUCCGAUAGAAACAAUCAAACACCCUGGGGGAUUCGACACAAUGUUGAAAACAGUUUUAUAUCCUAAAGAUUUCGAUUCAGUCUCAGGUUGGAUACCUGAUGUUGGUGAUGGAAGUAUUUUAAAGGAACCGGUAAGAAAUCGUGCAAAUGAUGCCGAUUUAGCUAGAGUGAGAGUUGUUGCUCGAAAUACGAUAGAAAGAGUAGGACGAGCAGUUAAUCAUGGAUUCGAAAAACGAUUACUUCAGUAUAAUAAUGUUGUUGAGAAUAAUAGGUGGGGUAAUUACGUAAAUUGGAAAUUAUAUCCUUUAUUCGGUCUGUUUUAA